AUGGCCUCGAUUCUCUUUGACGACAUCACCUUCCCUCGAGAACUCUACGACCCAGACACUUUCGAGUUCGUCGCCCCCGUCUCGACCCUCCUCACCUUCACUCCCCAUAUCAUCUCUCAACUCGCAAAGACCUCAGAGGAACAACAGGAACCAAUUCCCCUCCCCAACCUCACCCCUACUACUCCUACCGCUGACAACCCAGAGACGACCCAUACCUCCCCGUCUUCCGCAGAACAGACCAGUACUCCACGAGCCACAGAAACCCAAUCGACGUCUGGAGGCAUCUUUUCGUCCUUCAAGAACUUUGCGAACAGCCAGGGAACGCAACAGAUCCUCAAUAAUGGACUCUACCUUGCGGGACGAUACAUGGACGGUUCUGCGUCUGCUAGACGGUCGUCUUCAUAUGAGGACGACCACCGCUACGAUACCCGCUCUCGCCAGUCUACCUCUUCUUGGUUUGGAUCGUCGUCGUCGUCGAACCGUUAUGAAUACCGGGACCAGGAACGACAGCGAUUGAGGGAUAUGGAGGAUCAGAUGAGGCAGAUGGAGAGGGAUAUGCGGCAGCAGUCGGCGAUGGCGAGGUCGGAGGUGGAUGCUCAACGGCGGCAGAGGGUUCAAUUGGAACAGGAGUUGGAGUCUCAGAAGCAGAAGGUUGCCAAGUUAGAGAAGGAGGUGGAGCAACAGCAAAAGGAGCAGGAGGCUAACAAGAAGAAGCAACAGGAGGAGGAGAAGAAAAAGAAGAAGCAGGAGGAGAAGAAAAAGAAGAAGCAGGAGGAGGAGGAAGCAGCAGCAGCGGAGAAGAAGAAGAAGAGUGAGGCAAAGGAGGACAAAAAGGACAAGGAAAAGGAAAAGUCAUCGUCUCAGGACGUUACAACGACAGACAGCGGAGCGGAUGCGGCGAAUGCGGUGCUGAUGGCGACUGUGGGCGUAGCUUCGUUGGUGAUGUCCCUUUACGCUGCCCACCAGGCGUCGUCAACCUACUCGGUAGUCCGGUUCCACGACCAGCUGGAACUCUUGAUCGAACAGUGCGAGGGAGUCAUCCAGUCGACAGAAGCCUGGAUGAGCGAGCAGUUCUUGGAGGUCCCAGAUCAGAUUCGACAGGAUCUCAAGAUGCUCAAGGAGUUGAUCGAGACUAUCCAGCGACUGGACCCUCGCUCUGAGAAAAAGGCAGAGACGGUGGCAUGGUCAAUGUCUGCAGUGGGAUCAAUCGGCGCGGUCGGAGGAGCUGUGCUAGGCAGUAUGACGGCAAUGGCGAGUGGCGGAACUUUGGUCGUCGGCUGUGCGCUCUACGGAAUCAUUAAUCGAGCACGGUUCACAGGACCCGAGUACAACGCAGCCAAGUCCAUGAUGGAAGUGAGGGCGAUCCAGAUCUUAAAAUCCUUGGGCGUCAACCCCAACGCCCCAGGAGCAGCACCCAGCAGCAGCAGUCGAGGAGGGCGAUCGGUGUCGUUGAUCCAUGAGAGCAGACUGGAGAGACUGAGGAUCGAGUUUGAGAGACGGGAGGGGUUGGAGAUGGGCGAUGCGAAUGAGAUUGAUGGACUGGCUGUCGAGGAGGCGCUUUUGGAGUCGUCCUUUUCUGCACCCUUUGUGUCCCGAAAGGCAACGGCGGCAGGGUGGUCUCGGCAGCAGAGUGGUGCUAGCGCGGCUGCUGCUGCGGCGGUUCUGGAAGACACGAGACCUAUACUGUCGAUGAAGAGUGAGUCGAAACGUGUCUCCAUUCUCGCUUAA